CUGAGUUGCUGCAGCGUUUUGUGUCUGUGUCCAUGCUGUAUGACUGUGAGGGAGGUGUUAUUGCCGUGUGUGAGUGAUGUUUGUGGUUCUGUGCAGGGAUGUGCGCUGAGCUGGAGGUGGGGACGCUGGUGCAGGUAGCGGAGGCCCUGGAGAGUGUGUUGUCCCCGUGCUUCGGUCCACAAGGUGGCCAGGUACUGUUCACCAGUGCCACCGGUGAGAUGCUCAUCACCAGGGAUGGGGCGACUAUCCUGGACUCACUGAUGCUGGAGCACCCCGUUGCAAGGCUGCUGGUGAGAGCUGCGCUGUCCCACUGCGAGCAGACGGGUGACGGCUGCAAGUCGCUGGUGCUGCUGGUGACGGGGCUACUGCGGGCGGCACUGCCCGGGGGCAGGUGCGGGCGUCUCGGCCUGUGCCGGGGUCUGGCCCGGCUGGAGCGGGAGGUGUUGCCACGGCUGCUGGCCGAGCGGCUGGGCCCUCACUGUGUCAGGGCCCCGGGGCCAGGGCUGGGGCUGCUGGAGGUGGCGACACGGGUACUGACGGGCGGCCUGGCCGGUAAGAUAAGCCCGGUGCAGGUUGCCUUUCUCAGCCACCUGGCCUGUCGCUACCUGCGCCUGGUGUCGGGCGGUGGGGCCGGGGGGUUGCGGCGGGCAGUGCGGCUGUGCUCAGGUGGGUUGGCAGGGCUGGCGCUGGCGGUGGGAGGGCUGCCGGUGGGGAAUAGCCGGGUUGUGGAGGGGCUGCCACUAUCCAGAGGGCUGGCGGUGGAGGGGCUGCCGGUGGGGGAUAGCCGGGUUGUGGAGGGGCUGCCACUAUCCAGAGGGGUGGCCGUGGACGAUGGUGGCGGCUGCUCCUCCCGGGGCCCCAGCACCAGGGCGCUGCUACUGAGCGGCCUCCUCCUCCCCUCACUCACCCAGUGCGGCUCCACACUUGCCCCCAGCCCCGCCACCCUCCCCGGGGCCCGGGCCCGCCACUCCGCCCACCUGCAGCGCUCCCUGGCCGGCCUGCAGCAGCUGGGGGUCACCCUGCUACUGUCUGGGCCCCUGCAGCCCGGCCCGGUGCUGGAGGAAGCUGCCGCCCGCGGAUUCUCGCUGGUCCACGGGCUGGGAGACGGGGAGAUGGCGCUGCUCGCCCGCCUGAGCGGGGCCCAGCCCGUCUCCUGCCCCCGCCUCGCCAGCCCCCGGCACGUCGUGUCUGUACGCUUCCUCCGCCCGCUGCCCACCGGCCCCGGGCUGCUGCUCGGUCUCCGUCUCCCCGCCCGUCUGCGGCCACAUUGCCUGCUCGUCUGUGCCCCGAUGCCCACCCUCGCCCGACAGCACCUACACGCCAUCGCCAGCGCUUACCGCCUGCUCAACAUGUUGCUGCCCUGUCAGGGGCCCGGGGAGGGACAGGGGCCAUGGGAGGGGGACGAACAGGGACCCGACCCUGGAGCCCCGGGCAAGGGAAGCGAGAGAACCACCGCUGGGGUCCCGGAGUGGAAGGGACGGGGCCCAGACAGGGACACGGAGGGACAGGGGGGAGGGAGGGAGGGAGCCAGCGCUGGGAUCCCGGGGCAAGCGGGGAGUGAGAGAUUCGACCCAGGGGAUGCAGGGACGGGGACAGCCGGCCCAGGGAUCCCGGGGCAAGAGGGGGAACAGGGGAGGGAAGGUGGGCAAGCAGGACUCUCGGGGAUUGCAGACACCGAGGGCACGAAUGGCCUCAUCACGCAGACCCUGGCGUCCAGUGGCUGCCCGGGACCUGUCAGGCUGGGGGCCGGUGAGGCAGCCGCUGGGCCCUGGCAGUGGGGGGAGUGGGAGCCCCCGGCCGGCAGCCUGCUCCCCGCGGGAGGGACAUUUGAGUUGCUGCUGCACCACUAUCUGGAGCUGGAGUCCCGGCAACAUCGAUGCCCCGACACCCGGCUCGCCUGCCGGCUGCUGGCCGAGGCCGUGCUCACCAUCCCCCGCCACCUGCACGGCGGCUCCAGUCCUGGCACCGGCUCCAGCCGCUCCUUCUUGCUGCGGGCCCGGCUACAGGCGGGGAGAGCGGUGCCGGGCGGUCGCUGCCCGCUGGACGUGGUGGCGGCCAAGUGGCUGCUGUUGCUUUCCGCGCUGCAGUGCGGGCGGCGGCUGCUGGCUGUGGACAGAGCCCUACCCGUCCGCCGGCUCCAGCCCGAACACCGGGCAGCGGCCCACACCUACACCCCGGAUUGAUCCCAACCCCAGCACCGGGCAGCGGCCCACACCCACAUCCAGCACUGAUCCCAAUCCCAGCCCGGCCCCAACACCGGGCAGCGGCCCACACCCCGGACUGAUCCCAAACCCAACCCCAGCCACAACACCAGCACCGGCCCACACUCUGGACUGAUCCCAACCCCGGCCCCAACACCGGGCAGCGGCCCACAUCCACACCUCGCACUGAUCGCAACCCCAG